AUGGAGGCGGUCACGGUAAUGCAGGCCCAUGGCGGAGCCCAGCUCGAGUCUCGCUUCGCGUUGCUCGAGCAGCAGCUCGAGACGUUGAAAGUUUCUGCAGCCACGUCUGGCAUGCGAGCCAACUCGCCCCAGCGAGCUGACCGAAAGGUGGAGGCUGUUGAACAGAAAGUCUCGCAGUUGGAGGCGAGGCUGAAGGAAUACCGCAGCCAGACUUCAGACCAGGUGCAUGAGUUGAAGAGCGCUUUGAACUCCCAGGAGGUGCUGGCCCAGAUGGAGGACCUCCGAGAUCAAAACUCCGAAGCGAUUCGAACAGCAGCUGCCAACAUCGCGACCCUGGAGGGAUCCGUCGACUCUUGGCGACAGCGGAUGGACCGUGCGCUCAAAGAGACAGAGCAAAGGCUGUCGCAAGAGGUCGAGAAGCGCUUGCAACCCGUGCAGGACCGCGUCGUGCAAGACAUCAAGGGUGUUACAGGUGCUCUCGCUGCUGAGGCCGAGAGCUUGCGUGGCAAGAUGGAGCAGCGAAUCGCAGAUGAGUUCCAGCAGAUCUCUGGACAGAUCCAGUCGGUUCACAGCACUGCUCUGCAGAACCAUGAGUCCAUGGGCAACAAUGUCUCGAGUCUGCUGCAGCGCCUCGGUGCCGCCGAGAUUUCGAUGGCUGAAGAGCAGGGCAAGCGAGAGCUGAUGAAGAGGCAUCUGGAGGAGCGCCUGGACCAGGUCGCAAGCAGCCGCACACAGUUCCAUCGGCCCAGCGAGGAGGUGCGAGAAGGCGCCGAACCAGGGUCACCCAGGACUCGCGAAACUGCACGUGUGGCGGUGCAACUGGAGGUUCACGACAAGGAGAUGAAGCGGCUGGCGAAAGAGUCUCAGAGCCAGGCAAAGAUCCUGGACCGCCUCUCUGAGCAGCAACGUCGCCUAGCACAGGAGCAGGCUACCGACGUCUCGCGCCACGAGUCCUCCCGCCUGGAGGAGCGGAAGGGCACCGAGAAGUCCGAAAAGCGGCUGAAGGCACGUCUGGAAGAGUUGGAGGCUCGCUUGGAGAUAAUGCAGUCUGGUUCGCCCAAAGCGAUCGCACGGCUGGAAAGCCAUCGCUUUGACAAAGUUCCGGAGGCAAGCAUAGCAGACGUGGUUCGAAGCCUGGAGGAGCAGAGGGCAGUUCUGGCAGAACACGAUGCGAGGCAGCAGAACGCACAGAAACUCUUCAGUCAGCUGGAGAAGUCUGCGCAGGAUGUCCAGCCCCUCCUACAGAGGAAGCUUGCGGACCUUGACGCAAGGCUGGAGCAGCAAGGUCAAGAAGCAGUGCAGCUGGGUCGUCUGCACAGGGAGUUGAAGACCCAACUGGAAUCGCAGAAGGACGUGUUGGAGAUCAGAUGCUUGGAAAAGCUUGAGGCCCAAGGCAAGCGAAUGGAAGAGGUCAGCCAUCGUCUUGAGCAGCUGGAGGACACGUCCCGCAGCACAGUGCACCAGGUCAAGCAGGUGGGGGACUUGGAGAAGAGGACAGAUCGCCUGGAAGAUUGGGAGAAGCGAGCGCAGCGUGUGGAGCAGCAGCUGACCGAGAUAACAGAACUGCUCAGCGCCAGUGAUGCCAAGCUUGGCCAGCAGAGCAGGGAGUUGAGGCGUGAGCUGCUGCAGAUGAGCGAGAAGCAGGAGCAGCUGGAGCAGCGCCAGGGUGAUCAAGAGCAGAAGAGCCACGUGGUACACCAGGACCUGGAGCAGUUGAAGGAGUCGCAUGGACUGCUGACUAGCAGCUGCAAUAGCACCAAAGCCGAGAUCACAAAGCAGGCCAAGACUUUGGGCCAGGUUGACAUGCAGGGCAGCGAGAGCGUUGCGCAACGCACCCAGCGAGUGGAGGCCUCCAUCGCGAGCCUCACCCCUCGCGUCUCUUUCGUGGAGGAGACGGUGAAGGACUUGAUUCAAGAGUUAACCGCGAGGCUCCGUGGUCUCGACGGUACACUUGGAGCGAUGGAGCCUCGCCUGAGCGCCGUAGAGUCUCAAAUGCCGAGGCUACAGGACGUCCUGAAGACCGUGGCCAUCUUGCAAGCAGAUCUGAAGACAGGCGAUGAGACGUCUGCUGCUCGCUUCGAUCGCAUUGAAGCCACUGUGGCCAAGCUGUCAGCUGAUGGAGAAAAGUCGACGGAGUUCACCGAGAGGAUGCGUGGCUGGGUCGAGAAGAUGGACGACAAGACCCAGCGCUUGGGGUCCACGAUAGCCAAGUUGGAGGACAGCCGAGUCAGUACAGAGGCACUCGUGGCGAGAAGCGAAGUCGACUUCGCGGGUGUUCGCGACCAGCUGGAAAACGCGACGACCCGAGUGGCCAACUUCGAGUUUCGCCUCACAGCUUUUGACGUGCGCCUCUGCACCGUGGAGCCUCUCUCAGACAUGAACGUGAAGUUGUGCAGCAUGGAGCCUCGAGUUGCGAAGUUGGAGCAGUUGGAGGUCGGCGUUUCACGGCUGGAGCCGGCCGUCCAAGAGCUUGCGGCCCGCUUCAGCGGCUGCGAAGCUCGGGCAUCGAGCCUGGAGAGCUCUGUCCAGAAGCUUGCGCAAAGCAGCGACAACCACCGCGCCGACCAGAAGGCCCUUGCACACCAAGUCGACGACCAGCAGCUCAUGCUGGAGGAUGCGAAGACGGAAACCGCUGCAUGCAAGGAAGAGGCCAAGAAGCUGAAAUCUCAGGCCGAUGCCAUGCAGAGGGGCCUGGAACAGACAGGCAAGACGCAACAGAACCUGCAGUCUGACCUCACGGAGCUGCAGCAGAACUUGGAGCAAGUGCAGCAACGUCUCAAGACAGAUCUUCGUGGAAACGAAGACAGACUCAUCGAGAGCAUGCAGGAAGUGGAUUCCCAAGUUACACGCCGCCUGGAAGACACCCGAACAACGAUCGACAAGCAGAGUCGUGCCUUAACUCUGCUCCAGCACGGCAGCAAGGAUCUGGAGCGAGCCAUGGAAGGCCUGAAGCGGCAGGUCGAGGACGAGAAGGGAGCAGCGAGCCAGGCAGCGGCCGCGGCACAGCGAGCGGCAGAGGAGGCGGCCGAGGCGGCCAACGCCACUUGCGAGGCUUCCAAGGCGCUGAUGUCGGAGCACUCCGAGCGACAGGGCUCCUUGGCCCAAGACUUCCAGAAAUGGAGCCACCAGGCCCAGGAGGAGGCGGCGGCGAGGGUCUUGCAGGCGCACGAGGCUGCCAUCACCGACAUGCUGAAAACCAUGGACCGGCAUCGAUGGCAGACGAAGGAGGAUGCCCUGAAGACUCGAGAGGAACUGAUGACGGUCAUGAAGAGCAACACGAAGGUCUUCGACGGCAAAGUUGCAGAGAUCAGGGGACGCCUGCAGCUACUUGCUGCGGAAGCCGGCCGCUCUUUGGGAGACUUGAACCUGGACGUGGAACGUCUCCGACGGGGGGACUCCAGCCUCUUCCAGGAGAGCACUGUGGAAAGCCCCUCACAAGGAGCCUCAGGAGGGUCUCUUCCGGGUCUCAGAGAGCUUCGGCACGCUGUCUCGGAUGAAAUUCGCCGACGAGACCAUGAGCCUCAGCGCAUCAGCGAGAGGCUAAAAGAGUACACCGAGGACAGCACGAUACCAGGGCCCAGUCGUUUGUCUCAGUUCCAGGAGGAGAGCCAAAGCCAAACCAACAAGGCCUCGCCCAUGGCCUUCACGGUGCUGGAUGGUCUGCGUGGCUGUGAGGCAGCGAUCUCGGCUAUGGACAGGCGAGUGACGAAACUGGAAGACUGCGUUGAAGACCGCUUAUAUGACAUGGUUCGCUUCGAUGUGGGCAAGCACGCAGCAAUGCAGCAAGGCCAUCUCUAUGAGAUGGGCCAGAAGAUGGACAAGUUGGUGCAUACUUUGCAUACGCCCUCUGGACACGAGAACGCGACCACUGCCCAGCUUUCUGCAGGUGCAGGGCCCCUGGGCAGUCGAGAAAGCUGGCGACAGCAAUUUCGCUCUGCUCUGAGUGACUCGACGUACGUCCAGCGAGCUCUGAAAACAAACCGGCGCACGAGUGGCGAGGACCCUCAAGGGUGA